GCAAUAUUCAUAGUCGUUAUCACUGUUUUGCGCCUGUUAUACAUUUUAUUGAUCACCGGAUACCGAUUAUACCAAAGCCUACUGAUAAACAAGAAAAAAAAGUUACUGUAGUAUUAAGCAGUUAAAAAAAGCGUGUAGAUAAUUUAUAUUUAAAAAAUGUAACUUCCAUUUGUCACGUGGUGCUUUAUGUAGAAUAAUUAUUCAGCUCUGGACCACGAUGCUGUAGAGACGUAUCUAAUUCGAGAUCUUAUCCGAUAUGCCAUACCGAGCUGGACCAGGAUGCUGGGAUGCAGUUACCGUAUAUGUAACUUAAGAUUGAAGGGGUCAACUUAUAUGGACGAAGGGGAUGAACCGUGUAAAAAAUGUCAUUAUUAUUAAAAAGGGUUGAACGUGCUUGACUUUUGACAAUGAAUGCAAAUCUUUCGGAGGGAUGCUGUGAAUUCAUCUCUGAAUGUCCUUUCUAAUUGAGGGGUUGAUUGUUUUUCUGAACCCCCAAGGUAUUGCAUUAGUUCGUAACGAGAUGAGGGAAGAUGCAUAGUGUGGAGGGGGGGGGGAGGUUGAAAAUGGGAUGGACCAAGCUGCGGUAGCCAACGGAAUCCGCGUGAUCUCGUAAAUCUCAUAAAUCUCCCAAGCCGCGACCACGCGGACGACGCGGUGCGUCGCGACGCGGCUGAAGGGCAGCGUCGCUCUGUUACAAUUAACAUAGGAUGAUGGGUGAUAUAAAUUACAACUAUAAUGAUUUACUCGGCGCGAUAGCCCACCCCCGGGUUAUUCGGGUGCAGCCCCCUCUUUCCGGCAACUACUGAAUAAACAUGUCCGCGUUAAGCCACCGAUAUAUAUAGAUAUACAUUGCACGUGUCUACAUAGGAACUACACGGGGGUUACGCUUGUUCUAUCCGAGGGGAUGUUACGAGUCAAAGGGUGAAAUUAAAGGUUUUAACGCGAUGCAUUGAUAUAUCGGUGUAUUAUUAUAAACGGAUUAUAUACCUAUUUACUGUCCACCGUAUAUGUAGUUAAUAAUCAAAAUGAUCGCAGGGGAUGAAAAUAAAAAGUUGUUUCCUCAGA